GCCGGCGCUCCGCUCCCUCUCGCGCGCCGCUCGGCUCCUUCACAGGGUGACACGUCUGCGGUGAGUGAGUGGCGUUGGCAGCCUGUCAAUCCCUCACCGGAGCGGCCAUCAAACAACAUAAAACACGCGCGGGCACCGGGCGCGGGGCUCAUAAAUUCCGGCGGGCCGAUAUUUUUGCACAUUGCUUUGCAGAGAGUGUAAGAUUUUUGGACAAGUGGGGAAAGACAUAAAAAGCAACAAUAAAAAUAAAAAAGGAAAAAAAAAAUCUUUGGAGGAAGAUUGUACCGGGAAAACCUCACAGAAAUCUGCUCAGCUCAUUUAUCCGAGGCACCAAUAUGAUGAUGAUGAAAGAAGAUUGUAACUAAAGAAGAGAGUGAUUUACUGCCCUGGGAAGGAGAAGAGAGUGGAAUAAACAGCUGAGAUCCGGUCAAAACACAAAUACUACAUUUUUUUCUUUUUUGUUAUUGUUUUGUUUGGCUUUUUUUUUUUUUUUCUUUCCUUUUUUCGUGGUGUGUGUGCAGAGCGCGGUCAGGAGCGCGGCACUGGGACUGAGCGGGGCAGGCGCUGCCGUGACCGCCCGGAGCGCGGCCCGGCCCGGAGCCAUGGACGAUCAGUCCAGGAUGCUGCAGACUCUGGCCGGCGUGAACCUGGCCGGGCACUCGGUGCAGGGGGGCAUGGCCCUGCCGCCUCCCCACGGACACGAAGGGGCUGACGGCGACGGCAGGAAGCAGGACAUCGGCGACAUCCUCCAUCAGAUCAUGACCAUCACUGACCAAAGCCUGGAUGAGGCACAAGCAAAGAAACACGCCCUGAACUGCCACAGGAUGAAACCCGCCCUGUUCAGCGUCCUCUGCGAGAUCAAGGAGAAAACAGGUUUGAGCAUCCGAGGAGCCCAGGAGGAAGACCCUCCCGACCCUCAGCUAAUGAGACUAGACAAUAUGCUUCUGGCAGAAGGAGUCUCAGGUCCAGAGAAAGGUGGGGGAUCGGCGGCAGCAGCUGCAGCCGCAGCAGCCUCUGGAGGGUCUUCAGAUAACUCUAUUGAACACUCAGAUUACAGAGCCAAAUUGACCCAGAUCAGACAAAUCUAUCACACAGAGCUGGAGAAAUAUGAACAGGCGUGUAAUGAAUUUACCACUCAUGUAAUGAACCUCCUCAGAGAACAGAGCCGGACACGUCCCAUUUCUCCCAAGGAGAUUGAAAGGAUGGUGGGCAUCAUCCAUCGAAAGUUCAGCUCCAUCCAGAUGCAGCUCAAACAAAGCACUUGUGAAGCAGUAAUGAUUUUAAGAUCAAGGUUCCUCGAUGCCAGACGGAAAAGGCGUAACUUCAGCAAACAAGCCACGGAAAUCUUGAACGAGUAUUUUUACUCCCACCUCAGUAACCCCUACCCCAGUGAAGAAGCCAAAGAAGAGCUGGCAAAGAAAUGCAGCAUCACAGUAUCACAGGUGUCCAACUGGUUUGGCAAUAAGAGAAUCAGGUACAAGAAGAACAUCGGGAAGUUCCAGGAGGAAGCCAAUCUCUACGCGGCAAAGACGGCCGUGACUGCAGCGCACGCCGUGGCCGCGGCCGUCCAGAACAACCAGACCAACUCCCCCACCACCCCAAACUCUGGUUCUUCUGGUUCUUUUAACCUCCCAAAUUCUGGGGACAUGUUCAUGAACAUGCAGAGUCUGAAUGGGGAUUCUUACCAGGGGUCCCAAGUCGGAGCCAAUGUGCAAUCACAGGUGGAUACCCUGCGUCAUGUUAUCAAUCAGACGGGAGGAUACAAUGAUGGCUUGGGAGGAAAUUCACUGUACAGUCCACAUAAUUUAAAUGCUAAUGGAGGCUGGCAGGACGCAACCACUCCAUCUUCUGUGACUUCCCCUACAGAAGGGCCGGGAAGUGUGCACUCGGAUACCUCUAACUAAUCUCCUAGCAACACUUUUUCCCUGAGCUGAGAUGCCUUGAUUAGCGCAUUCAGAGUUGCAGGAGAAAAAGGAAAGAGUUUUUUGUAGCCAACCACCUACAGCUUUACUGUAAAACCUUGUCUUAUUAGAAAACUUGGUAAAUCUGUUUUUUAAAGGUAUCAUAAUCAUUUGUAUUUAUACUUAAAACACACAAUGUUAAAAAGCACUUUAUCCAAUUAGGCCAAGAUUUAGCAUUGUUUAUAGCCCUGUAACUAUUUUAUCAUAAUUUAUUGUCAGCAGUUUUAAUGAUGUUGGUCUAACAGUUGCCAAUUACUUGGCCUUAAGGGUAAAAGUACAGGACAAGCUUAACCUCAGUAGCAAGAGCAGACACAAAGAACCGCCUCACCCAAAUUUAAUUGUGUGCAUAUUUCCAUGGAAAGUCGACAGGAAUCACAGACUUUGAUUGUGUUUCAUCUUUUCAUAUCUCUCACAGAGCUGGAAUAAAAAGAGCUGUUCAGUUAUUUCGGUUAACAAUGGUCGUGUUUAAGAAUCCUUAUUCGUCACAUUUUUGUUGAGAUCUAUUGUCUUACAAAUUAGAUUGGAAGCCAGGAGCAUCUUUUCUUGCUCAAGCCCCCGGAGGCCGAGUCUCCUCUCCGUCCCCCGGCACGGACACAGGUUGUUCUUGGGAGACGCCGACUCUCGCUGCUGGUCUCUGUGCACGCCACGCCCUGGGUUUUACAGUACGAGCUGGGUGCUGCCCACGCCUGCCAAGGGCUGGUGCCUCUCACAGGCAGCAAAC